GCUCAGCAUGGCUCAGAACACAAAUGAUGGCGCUUCGGAACUCCUGCUUAAUCAUCUUUUAGAAAGACUUCGCUCUCGAUUGGAGCAUAUUCUGGGACGCAUGCCUCUGGAUCUGGACUUCUUAGAGUUCACUUGCACACAAGAACUUGUGUUUUUAAAUGCUGUAUCCAGUCAAGUAACUGUUUGUCCAGCUAUUUUAGAUUCACUGACACAGCUACACAGUCUUAUCAAUUUGGAAAAAGAGAAAAGGGAGCAACACAUUGCAGUUGUGCAGUUUGAGCAAGGACCAGCUGGGCGACAACGAAUGGUCAUAUCCCCAGAGUACCUUAGCAAACUUCUGGAACUUAAUCUGUCUGUUCCAUGUAUAGCUAAACUUUUGGGGAUGUCCAGGCGCACAGUAUACCGACGCAUGGCUGAGUCUGAUCUCUCAGUAAAGGCAUUAUACAGCACUAUGACAGAUGAAGAGUUAGAUCAGUGUGUGAGAGAGAUUAAGUCGAGGCAGCCUCACUCUGGAUAUCGAAUGAUGAAGGCCCUUCUGCAAGCCAGAGGACUGAGGGUGCAGUAUAACCGUGUCAGAGCCUCCAUGCACCGUGUUGACACCACUGGUGUCAUAAGCCGUAUGGUCCACGUAGGAUGUAUUGCUCGACGGACCUACUCAGUUCCAGGACCCCAGUCUUUGAUGCACAUAGAUACAAACCAUAAAUUGAUUCGCUACAACAUUGUUGUCUUUGGUGGUAUUGACGGUUUUUCCCGUAAGAUAAUGUAUCUUGGUGCAGCCUCCAACAACCUUGCAUCAACCACCCUGACUUUCUUCCUAGAAUCUGUUGAGAAGUUUGGUUUUCCUCUCAGGUAAAUGCAUAUUUUAAACUGGGAGUUUUUACACUACAACAGUACAAGCACUGGCGGAAAGUAACUAAGAACAUUUACUCAAGUAAU